AUGCUCACUCCUAUCCUACUAUCUUCAAUUCUAGGUGUUUUCAGUAAACGAACGCCUCUUGAGGUGCAGAACUUAUUCGAAGCGUACAAGAAUGAAUACGAUCAUGACUUUGGCGAAGAGGAUGUCAAGAGACUUGCCAUCUUUCACGACAACCUCAAGUUCAUAGAUGAAGUAAAUUCAAGGAACCUUUCCUACAAGCUGGGUAUCACUCCUUUCACUCAUCUUACAAACGAUGAAUUCAGAGAGUUCGUCACAAGAGGAUACUCCCUUGGUGACUGGCAGCAAACGAUGUUGCGAGGAAUCGACUCCGAGGCCCAAACAUUCGGAUUUGAGGGCUCGGUCGAUGAUGAUCUGCCGAUGAGGGUCGACUAUGUCGAAAAAGGUUGGGUUACUGAUGUGAAGUCCCAAGGAACUGUAUGCGGCAGCUGCUGGGCUUUUGGCGUUGCUGGUGCAUUGGAAGGCCUCCACAAGAAUGUUACUGGUCAGCUUGUCUCUCUCUCGGAGCAGGAACUUAUCGACUGCAGUACAGCCUACGGCAAUCAAGGAUGCAAUGGUACACGUCAUUUGAACGAUUCCUACGAGUAUGUUGCGGAUCAUGGUUUGGAAACUGAAAGAGCUUAUAAAUAUGUAGGAAAAGAUGGUCAGUGUCGUCGCAAUGUUAGUAAAGACGCCGUUAAGGCUAGAACCAUAAGUCAUGUAAAUGUGAAAAGCAAUUCCUCAUCUUCGAUGCUCGCAGCCGUUGCCUUUGGUGGGCCUGUCAGUACACUCAUCUGUGGGAUGUCUGGGGUCUUCCAAAACUAUAAGAGUGGUAUCAUCAAGGGAGAUGUAUGUGGCAACUUCCCAACUCAUGCUGUCCUUGUAGUUGGUUAUGAUAGAGGCCAUGACCCAUAUUAUCGUAUAAAGAACUCAUGGGGCACCAAAUGGGGAGAGCAUGGCUAUGCAAGAAUCGUUAUUGACGAUACGGAAUAUGGUGUAUGUGGUCUCCUUCGCGAGCCCGUCUAUCCUAUCAGUAAAUCAUAG